AUGUAUAAGGAAUAUCACAUUAAUGAAAACGUGAACCAGUCGAACACUGCUAGCCCAGCGGUCAGUGUGGGUAUACUUCCGGGCACGGGAAAACUGGCCCCAGGUGUUACCGGCCGAUCGCAUCCAAAUUACUACGGCAAAAGUUUACUUAUCGGCUCAGCAUCGUCGUCGUCCUCGUCGGUAACACUUUCGGGUACAGGCGGUGGAAACCGGCAAAAGGUUAAAAUUGAACGUCAAAUGGAUGCCAUCCAUUCGGAGAUAGCAAAAACGUUACCGAAGGAACGGCUUCUUCCGAUCGUGAAGGAAUAUGGCGAAUAUCCGGCAAAACACCGGCCAACCAUCUGGCGCACUCUACUGGAGCUGCCAUCCGAUGCAGAAAGCUUCGGUGCGCUAUUGCAACGGGGCCACCAUCCAUGCGUCGCCAGUCUCGACGAACGACGGUUCCCUUCGCAGGAUUCGCGCACGGUUCGGAAUGUGAAAAAAAUCGUAUCCUGUCUGGCCCACUGGUGCCCCGUGUUUGGGCUUAUCGAUUACCUGCCAUACUUUGUAUUCCCGUUCGUGCGCCAGCAUCCCAACGAUGCCCUUGUGGCUUUCGGAACCGUCGCCACGGUUCUGCUGAAUCAAUGUCAGCUGUGGUUCGAGUUCGCCCCGUUGGAACCGUGGAACUACUUGGCGAUGGUCGAAAACGUGCUGGCCGAGUUCGAACCCCGGCUGAUGAGUUUCUACCGCAGCCACAGUAUUGCAUCCCGGGCCUAUACGUUGCCCCUGAUGGAGACGGCCUUCUCCCGGUGCUUCUUGGCCGACCGAUGGGCCUGCCUGUGGGAUCAUGUGCUCUCGAACAAACCGUACUUUCCGGUGUUCCUAAUUGCGGCCUACAACGCCGUCCAUCGUGGUGCUCUCAUGGGCACUUGCAACGGCACGGGGACCGGAACGCCAUCGACGAAUGAGGAAUCCAUCACCAACUUCUUCCAUCAAUCGUCUUCGGUUGACGUGCGACGCGUUGUACGGCGUGCGUACGAUCUAAUGGAACGCUGCCCCGAUGCCAUCCAUCCGAGGAAUUACUUUAAAUCAUUCGUCCCUCUCAGCGGUGAGCGGAGGAUGCUUGAGGAAAGCGAUGGCCGUAGCCGAGCUCCCUACCCUUGCGCGGCGAUGCAGAGAGAAACGCUCAUCGACGGUGGAACUUCUGGGCGUACGGUUUACCACAGUGCAGGUAAUAAUGCUAUCGAUUUCACACGACCGAGACGCGAGACUCCCUCAUCUGAGGGUGGAACAUCGGUGGACGUGUAUUGGCCUUCGUCCAGCGCGACCGAGGGAUACGUGAACUUUUGCAACUUUCCGAAAGCUCUCACCGAUGUCCGGUGUACCGAGACGAAUGCGCUACAGGCGGAGCAUCGGCGGCUGGAGGCGAAAAUCAUCGAACUGGAAAAGCUCGAACACUCUCUCAAGGAUCGUAUGGUGAAUAAUCUGAUUCGGCAGGAGCACGAGGAGCGCGUCAAGAAAGUGGAGCAAAACUUUGAGGAGGCCAUCAGCCGGGAGGAAGAACGGAUCGAAAUGCAACGGAAAUUAUUGCUGCUGCACCGGAAGCAGCUUCGCGAGCGGGAGAGUGAACUAUCGCUCGAUCUAAACAAUGCCAAUCUUAUCAACGAUGCCACGGUUCGUGAACGUGAGCUAGAAGGUUUGCUUAAGAAGCUCCAGCGGGAGCGACAACGCGAGGAGACGGAUUUGCUGUUCGCUGAGGAGGACAUCAAGUUGAAGGAGCUGGAAUUGCUGGCUCGCUAUCGGAGCGAAACGGUGCCGCCGCCGGCAUUGGGGAGUGCGACUUCCGAUGGGUAUCGUCGAUCGGACCAUCCACGCUACCAGCAGGCCCUGGAUCAGUUGGCUGUGCAGAAACAGAAGCUCUACGACGAAAUCGAUCGGACAUAUUAUUCCCUAGGGAUGCCCACUGGAAGCAAUGAGUAUACAUACCGUACGGUAACGGAGCUCCGGAAAGUGGCAUCGGUGGCCAGCAACGAACGAUAUCCAUCGAAGGUGCGCAAUCAUCCAGUAAAGCUGCAACAAACUGCGGAAUUACGUCCAAUACACGCCGUCACCAGUCAGGUCAAGCUCUACGAAGAUGCGAUCCAGCAUAUGGAAGAACAAGUGAAGGUUUUGCAACGAUUGAAAAAUGAUUCUGUAAGGACAAAAUGAAAAUGACUUUCUAACUUAACCAUCUAAAUAUUGAACCAUAGAAAAUAUAUUUUUCGUAUUGAU